GUUGUCUUUAGGGAAGGCGCUAAACCCAAUGAGAGCCCUCAGAUAUUCAAUCAAAUUUCUGCUGGUUCCUUCUUUCCACACCCCAGAGCCCUGGAGAAAUAUGGAUGGGGCAAACCUGAGUCAAGGAGUUGAGUUUGAGCUCUUGGGUCUCACCAAUGACCCCCAGCUCCAGUUGCUGCUCUUCGUGUUGUUCCUGGGCAUGUACAUCAUUACUUUGCUGGGAAAUCUGGUCAUGUUCUUCCUGAUUCAUGUGAGUGCACCCCUGCACACACCCAUGUAUUCCCUUCUAAAGAGCCUCUCCUUCUUGGAUUUCUGCUACUCCUCUACAGUUGUCCCCCAGACGCUGGUGAACUUCUUGGCUAAGAGGAAGGUGAUCUCCUACUUUGGCUGCAUGGCUCAGAUGUUCUUCUUUGCAGGCUUUGCCACCAGUGAGUGCUAUCUCAUUGCUGCCAUGGCCUAUGACCGCUACGCUGCUAUCUGUAAGCCCCUGCUCUAUCCAAUCAUCAUGUCUCCUGAGGUCUGUACAUCUCUGAAUGCUGGCUCCUACAGCGCAGGAUUUCUUAAUUCUCUUAUCCACACAAGCUGUAUCUUUAGCCUGAAGUUCUGUGGUGCUCAUGUGGUCGCCCAUUUCUUCUGCGAUGGACCACCUAUCCUGUCCCUCUCUUGUGUGGACACCUCUCUGUGUGAGAUCCUGCUCUUCAUUUUCGCUGGUUUCAACCUUUUCAGCUGUACUCUCACCAUCUUGGUCUCCUACGUCUUCAUCCUCAUUGCCAUUCUGAGGAUGAAAUCAGCUCAGGGCAGGUUCAAGGCAUUUUCUACCUGUGGCUCCCACCUCACUGCAGUCAGUCUGUUCUACGGCACAACACUUUUUAUGUACCUGCGCCCCAAGUCCAGCUACUCCCUAACCCAAGACCGCACAGUUGCUGUAAUGUACACUGUGGUGAUUCCAAUGAUGAACCCCCUGAUCUACUCUUUGAGAAAUAAGGAUGUAAAGGAAGCUUUGGGAAAGGUUUUGGGCAGGAAAAAAGUGGCAUGA